AUGGCUGCUCUUUUCGCUGGCUUUCCUGAUACCGUUCCGGUGAGGACGGUGAACAGGCAAUGUUCGUCUGGACUUCAAGCGGUUGCUGACGUGGCUGCGUCUAUCAAGGCUGGAUAUUACAAGAUCGGCAUUGGUGCUGGGCUGGAAUCUAUGACGGUCAACCCCAUGGCCUGGGAAGGAAGCGUCAACCCAAAGGUUGAGAUGAACCAGAAGGCCCAGGACUGCCUUUUGCCUAUGGGGAUCACAUCAGAGAAUGUUGCUGAAAGAUUUGGAGUCAAUCGGAAGGAGCAAGACGAUGUUGCGGUGAAGUCUCACAAGAAGGCUGCAGCAGCAACAGCUGCUGGAAGGUUUCGUGAUGAGAUCGUCCCCAUCAGCACCAAGAUUGUUGAUCCGAAGACCGGUGAUGAGAAGCCAAUUGUUGUCAGCGUUGAUGAUGGCAUUCGUCCCGGAGCUACGAUGGCUGACCUUGCUAAGCUAAAGCCUGUUUUCAAGAAGGGUGGAACAACUACGGCUGGAAAUUCCAGCCAAGUGAGUGACGGUGCUGGAGCCGUGCUGCUGAUGACCCGUGGAGAGGCACUUCGACGAGGAAUUCCCAUCCUUGGAGUUUUCAGGAGUUUCUCUGUUGUUGGGGUUGAUCCUGCUGUUAUGGGGAUCGGACCUGCAGUCGCCAUCCCUGCUGCUGUCAGUGCAGCCGGAUUGGAGGUUGACGACAUUGACCUGUUUGAGAUCAACGAGGCAUUCGCUUCCCAGUUCACCUAUUGUGCUCGCAAGCUCGAGCUUGAUGAGGAGAAGAUCAAUGUGAACGGUGGAGCGCUUGCUAUUGGUCAUCCCCUUGGAGCCACAGGAACCGGCAUGGGUGCAGCUGCUGUCUUAGAGCGUGGUGACUAUGUAUGCCCUCUUACCAAUGCCAAGCAUGUGUAA